CUCCGCCUGCCGGGCCCUUUAAACCCUUCUCCGCCGAGCCAGUGGGAGGAGACCGGGGCCGGCUCGGAGGCACCGGCGGGGGCGCCUCUUCCUCGCAGCGGGAGCUGCUGCGCGCCGGUAGCGGCUCGCCUGCCCGCCCCAGCGCUUCCCUUCCGUCCCUGCACCCUGGUACCGACGCCGCCGGGCGAGGAUCGAGCCCCGGCAGACCCGACGCCCCUUCCAUGCCUCUCCAAGCCCGUUUGCCAGCAGGUGGAAUGGACCAGUCAUGAAUGGUGAUGCCUUUAGUCAAGAUCCGCCCUCCCAGCUUCCCGACUGGAGGGAAUUCUGUGAGCUGCACGCCCAGGCCGCUGCAGUGGACUUUGCCCAAAAGUUCUGCCAGUUCCUGAAGGAGAAUCCGCACUACGACACCCCCGGGGCAGAGAGCUCCUUCUCCCACCACUUUGCCGCCAACUUCUUGGACAUCUUCAGCUUGGAAGUCAACAGGGUGUUCGUUUCCAAUUCCCCCACCAAAUACAACAUCGUGCCAUUUGUCGGGCUUCAGAACUGCCACAUGCCUUACGGGCAGGACCUCCUGCCGAGGAAGGAGCAGGCCUCCACGGAGUCCCUCGACAGCAUGGACAACCCCGUCUCCUCCGGCAGGUAUCUGAGCCAAUCACAGCAGGUCCAGGCCCGGAAGGUCUCCUCCUACGGCCAAUCCCGGAGUUCGGAGGAUGUCUCCGUCCACGCCACCUCCAAGCCGAAGUUCAAGAAAGGCUUUUCCCUGAGGAAUAUGAGCUUGUGCGUGGUGGAUGGCAUGAAGGAGAUGUGGCACAGGAGGUCUUCCCCAGAGCCCGGUGCAGAAGCCACGCAAAGCAGGCGGUCCGACAGGGAACACUGCCCUCCCGGGAACAAGGAGCAUGGCGAUUCCAGGGAGAAAUGGACCCACAAGCUGCGCCUUUCGAAGGGGCAGUCUUCCAAGGUAGAUCUGGUGGACAUUCAGAGGGAAGGGACCCUCCGCUACAUGGUCGCUGAUGAUACGAACUGUGUGGGGAGUUCUCAGUGGCAAAAGUGUCGGUUGCUGCUAAGGAAAGCUGUGAAGAUGGAGGGAGAAAAGUUCCUUCUCGAGUUUUAUGUUCCUCCCAAGGCUUCCAAAGCGAAGGUCAGCAUCCCUCUUUCGGCCAUUAUCGAGGUGCGCACGACUAUGCCCUUGGAGAUGCCGGACAAAGACAACACCUUUGUGCUGAAGGUAGAAAACGGUGCUGAGUAUAUCUUGGAAACGAUUGAUUCGUUGCAGAAACACUCCUGGGUGGCAGAUAUACAAGACUGCAUAGAUCCUGGAGACAGUGGGGACGACAUCGAACUCUCCUCCUGCACCCAGGGGGCCUGCCUGCCAAGCAGAGUGUCUUCUUGUAGCUGCGAGUUCCUGGCUGGUGAUACCUCCCGGUUUCAGGACAGAUGUGCAGGCUCUGCUGCCCCAGACACUAUGCCAAAUCCUGCCACUGUUGUCACAGCACCUCAUGGUCGGAUCAGGGACUCUGCAGGAGAAUACAGAGCUCAUGUGCCAUUGGAUAACUUCCUACAGACAUUGGAGUCAUCAGCUACUGGUAGCCAUACUGCAGCUGGGACAGGGGAGGAAAGCGAGACGGAAGCGGAGCUCAACCUUCUGGACUUCCCUUGGUUCCAUGGGACGCUAUCACGGGUCAAAGCUGCUCAGCUGGUCCUGUUUGGUGGAGCCAGAAGCCAUGGGCUGUUUGUCAUUCGACAGAGUGAAACACGGCCAGGCGAAUACGUGCUGACCUUUAACUUCCAGGGGAAAGCCAAGCACCUGCGCCUGUCCUUGAAUGAAAACGGCCAGUGCCACGUCCAACAUCUCUGGUUCCAGACUAUAUUUGAUAUGCUGAGGCAUUUUCACAUGCACCCCAUACCCCUGGAGUCAGGCGGUUCUUCUGAUAUAACACUCCGUAGCUAUGUGGUGGCCCAGAGUCCCUUGCCAGAGGUCAGCCCGUCCCCCGCUGUGGCUUCUCAACAGCCCACUUGCAGAAACGACCUGCAGUCGCAACACUACUUCUCCAGCUUUGUCCCUGUCACCUUCCAGCCAGCCUCCCCUUCUGAGGGCACCACUUCCUCUUCCUCCUCCUCGGCCAGCCACUCGCUGUACCAUCGGAUGGAGGGGACCCUGAGCGCCCGAAGCCGGAGCAACAGCACCGAGCGCCUGUUCGAUUCUGCCGCCAUUGGGGCAGAGGAUUACCACGAAAGCGAGGGCUCACGCAACAGAACCAGAGCCGUGGAGAACCAAUAUUCAUUCUACUGAUCCUUCUGAUGGGGAAUGGUUGGUUUUCAGUGUGGCCUGGUGUCUCUCUUUUCCCUCCCUCCUGGGUGGGGAGAUCUAAUAAGCCUGUUGAGGUUUCUGCCUCUUUGCUGGUUUACUGCUUAUCGUAACAGUUUUGGCAUUCUCCUGGCCUCUGUGUGUGUGUUUCCAUCUCUUUGGCCUACAAAGGGUUUCCUUCCCUGUCUUCUUCCCAUACUAUGAACUGAAGGUGGCCCUUCCUAUUCCUGUCUGGGCCAGAAGGAUGGCCAAUGAUAGCAAGCUCUUCAAGCUAAAGGACAGAGUGAAAAACACACACACCCUCCUGAUGGUUGCCACCUGGAUAUCGGGGAGCAUGAUCCAGAAAUAGGGAUGCUCUUUCCUGCAUCUCUAUGGAGCCAGACCUCUUUACCUGUUAUUUGUUCCCACCCUAAUGGUCUCAUUCAGAUGGAAACAGGAAGUGUUUGUAAAACUUUAACUGCAUUGGGACUGAGCCCCCUAGUAGCUAAUUCAUCACCAGGACCCAAGGGUUUUAGAGGGAAAGCUAACAAAGGAACUGUUUCUUGGAUUGCUGCUGUCUUGUGUGGUGUGGGUUCUGUGGUCCUCUUCAUCUUCACUGUAAAUAGUUGGGCUCACGAUAGUCUUCAUCUCCUCCUCUUGAAGAACUCCACAUUUGGUGCUGGAGUACAGUUGUGCGCAAAGGAUGUAUGGUGCUGCCUGACAUUGAUGCAAACCAGAGACAGAGGCUGCCCAAGGACAGGUACCAGUUGCUUUCUUUUGGUGUGGACUAGAUGGACCCAGAAAUCUGACUUCAUAGGGGCUUCCACUCUGAGCAAUCACUGUGGAGGAAUGGCCACACUGUGUUCACCUACUUUUAUGGUGUAUCUGCAUGAUGACAUGCUCCUCCCAUGUCUUUUUUCCCUGUUCAGCUUCCAUUUUUGUGUGCGCAGAUAAUCCAACUCUUAAAAGAAACCCCACAGAAAGCCCCACAAUGGAACAGUUAUCUAGUUUCCCCAGGAGCAGCUGGCCUAUUGUGCUGCUAUUUAGUAGCUUCCUUUGCUGGAUAUGGCCUGUAUUGAUUGCUGCAGACUUUUAUUUCUCUAUAUAGUCCACCUCUCUUCUCUAGGAAUCAACUCUGUUACUUGUACCUCUUCCCUUUCCAAACAGUGUUCAUUUAUUUCUGUUUCUUUUCUCUCCCUGCCCUGCUCCAAAAAAAUAAUUAAAAAAUAGAGGAGGAAUUGGGAGUGCAGUGAGGGUGGGGAAAGCAGUAUUUAACCCCUUCCCCACAAAAUGUUUAAUUUUAAACUACCUUUCAGAGUACAUUGCCCUCAAAAGAUGGUAUACAAAAAAAAUCCAUAACACAACAUAACAAUAUAUAAAAACAACAAGGUCUAAAUCACUGUACACCCCUGUAAAAAUGAGCACAGAAAAUUGCUCAAAGCCCAACAAUCGAUCAUAU